ACGGUCACACGACUCCAUUAUUUUUCUUGUAGCCGAUUUAUUGUUUUGAUUUUGUUUAAUUAAUUGACAGUUAUUAGAUUAAAUUGUGUGUUUAAAAUAUAGACAACUGUGCAUUCAAUAGGAAGCAAAUAACAAGGGCAACAAUAUGGAGGCGGUGCCGCGUUUGCAUAUGCUGUGGUUCGCCCUGAAAUCCAGUCCCGAGGGAACCUCCUUUGCGGCUUUAAAAAAGUACAUUGCCGAAUUCUAUCAUGAAGAUCCCGAGUCGUACUCCAAGGAGGUUCAUGCCCUGGAGACCCUACGUAACCAGGCAAUGCACACCACAAAAGAUGGAGCACCGGUGAUGAAGCGCUACUACUGCCAGCUGCAUGCUCUCCAGAAUCGAUUUCCCCAGUUGGCAGAUCGUAGUAUCUUCACCUUUACUUGGAAGGAUCUCUAUCAUAGCGCGGUUCAUGAGGUCAGCGAUUUGCGAUUCGAGCGAGCCGCAGUACUGUUCAACAUUGCUGCAUCUCACACGCAAUCUGGAGCAUCGGUGACUCGUGGCGAUGUUGACGGUAUGAAGAUGGCCUGCACCCACUUCCAGGCAGCUGCAUGGGCCUAUGGAGAGCUGAGGGAACGUUAUGCCAAUGUCAAUAGUGGCGGCGAUUUCAUGACCCAAGAGCUGCUGGUGUUCCAGCAACAAGUGUGCUUUGCUCAGGCUCAAGAAUGCAUCCUGGAAAAGUCGCUGAUUGACAAUAGAAAGCCACACAUUGUGGCCAAAGUUACGGCUCAAAUUGUGGUGUACUAUGGAGCUGCACUGGCUGCUCUUCUAACUGGAGGAGAUGAGGGCCCAGUGGCGCAGGUCAUAGAUAGCUCAGUUUACAAACUGUGGAAGAAAUACGUCCGCUUUAAGAUUAACUAUCUGAACUGCAUCUUAUACCUGUACCAAGGUCAACAUUCCGAAGAGAAGCGUCAGAUGGGCGAAAGGGUAACGCUCUACCAGGCCGCUUGGGACAAACUGGAGGAGGCUCGCAAAGAGUCAAAGGGUCUGCCCGACCAACGCGAAAUCAAUGAAUCCCUGAGCUUCACCGCAGAUGUUGUUGAAGCAAAGCGCAAGAAUGCCAAAAACGAAAACGAGUUUAUUUACCACGAGGCGGUGCCGGAACUCUCCACCAUUGCAGCUGUGCAAGGUGCCAAUUUAGUAAAUGGAAUUGGCUUUCAAGUAACCGACGAGGAGCACGCGGGACCAGAUAUCUUUGCUAGAUUAGUACCCAUGAAGGCCCAUGAAGCUAGUUCUUUGUACAGCGAAGAGAAAGCUAAGCUACUGCGUAAGUAUGGAGCUUUGUUGGAGGAGAAGGACACCCAACUGGAAGCUUACAUGAGUUCUCUUACACUGGAUAAUCUCAAUAUUAACGAGGAACAGGCCAACAAGCUGCCCCAGGGCAUCGUCGAUCGCUGUGCUGCCUUGAAUGCCAACAAGACUGCUAUUAGCGAUCUGGUAGAGGCCAUGUCACAGUUGGCUGAGAUUACAGCUGAUGUGGAGACCAAUCUUGGCGAAAUAUCGCAAAUGUUGGAGGCAGAAUCCAAAGCUGAGCGAGAAUUUCAAGCCGCCAGCGGCGUUCAACGAACUCCAAAUGCUCAUAUUACUGAGUUAACCCGAGAGUUUCAGAAGUACAGUGAAGCCCAUGCCCGGGCUGGUGAAUCUAAUAACACGCUAAGAAAAGCUAUGAGUUUGCAUGUCAACAAUCUUAAGAUCCUGGCCAGACCAUUGCCCGAGAUUCAACAAUUGAUGCCCAAACUAAGUUCAGAAUUAAACACCACCGAAAUCUUCAGAGAUGUUAAACUCAUUCUCAAUAAAGUCAACGAAAUGAAGGCUCAACGUGCUCAGUUUCAUGCGGACUUGAGGAUUGCCAUUAAUGAGGAUGAUAUCACUGGCAAAGUGAUUGCCCAUGGUGGACAGGAGGGACUCCAAGCUUUAUUUGCUACCGAACUAGGAAAACACGAUAAGAUCACUGGACUUCUGGAUCAGAAUAUGGUGGCUCAGGCAAAUAUUUUGCAAGCACUAACAGAAAACUAUGCCAAGGCUGCGCCAGUCUUGAAGACACUUCAGGACGUGAAGCAGAAGCGGGAGCACUUUUAUAGUUCUUUGGCCGCCUCUUAUGAUGUAUAUGAGGAUCUGCUGGCCAAAUCUGCCAAGGGUUUGGAAUUUUACAAGAAGUUAGCAGGAAAUGUGCAGAAGUUACUCACCAGAUUUAGAUCUGCCAGGGAUGUGCAGUCCGAGGAACGUCAGCAAAGGAUGCAAAGCGUGAAGGCGGCUACGCCAACUGUGGUCAGUAAACCCACCGCGGAAGCAGCUCCUUCGCCAUCGGUUAGCAGCACUCCCAAACUGAGGGAUUAUCUUAAGGCUAAGAACGCCUUGGCGGAUUCCUCGAAUCCUACAAACCCCGCCUAUUUGCCCACAGUGCGUCCAGUGCCGGUGGGCUCGGAGAAUCCUACUCAGGCAGCUUGUUCCUAUGCUACUGCACCACCGAAUGAACCACCACCACCGUACAGUCUUACACAGCAGCAGUACUUUGAUCCCAGUGCCGCUGGCUACACGAAUCCCAUGUAUCAACAACAGCAGCAGCACAUUGCUCCUCCGGCUUACAAGGCUCAAGCAUCGCCAAACUCACAAACACUGCACGGAGCAUUGGCUCAGAUGAAUCUGCAAGGUCAAUCGCAGGACAACAACCAAGCGAGCAUGGGAUACAGCUAUGGGUAUCCCAGUGGAACCGUGCCGCCACUAGCCUAUGCUCCACCUGGUGCAGCACCCGCUAGCUCAUCUUCUCAAGGAUUCAACGUUCAGCAACCUUUGUAUGUGGCCACAUCGGGAAAUUCCAAUACGGUUUCAAAUCCCAACGAGUUGCCCUCUACCCUGCAGGCGCCCUAUGUAGUUAAUCAAAUGUCCAAUCCUUAUCAAUCAGCAGCGGGAUAUCCAGGACAAGGUUACCAACAGGUUGCUCCUCAGACUCAACAGGUGACUUAUCCGCCGACAGCUUCUAAUUACCCAACAGCUCAACAGCCUUUGGGUUAUGCUCCAAAUCAGACAACGCAACAACCCCUAGGAUAUCACCAAUCUCAGACACCUCAGCAACAGGUGGGCAACAAUUAUCAACAGCAGCCAGUCACAGGAUAUCCACAGCCUCUUAUGGCUCAGCAACCUACAGGAUAUCCUCAGUCACAGACACCACAGCAACAGGUCACCGGCUAUGCCCAAAAUCAGCAACCUACUGGAUUUACACAACCUCAGACUCAGCAGCAGCAACAGGCAGCAUAUCCACAGACACCUCAGCAACAGCCCUUGGGAUAUCCCCAAUCGCAGACACCUCAGCAGCAAGCAACCGGACAUCCACAGUCCCAGACACCUCAACAACCACUGACAUAUCAGCAGCAACCAUCGGGUUAUUCUCAGCAGCAGCAAUCUGCUGCAGUUGCUCCGCAACAACCUUCACUCUAUCCCUCGCAGGCUGUUCAAGCAUCGCCUCAACCCAUAACGGGUCAGCAAUCUACGCAAAACAUGCCGUAUCCACAGCAGUACAAUGAUCCGAAUACCGUACUAGCUCCAACGGCAGGAGUUUCUCCUGUUCCAAGUCCAGCACCAGCUCAGAUUCCUGUACCCGCUCCAUCUCCAGUUCCAGUUCCAACAUCUCAUUCUUCCGCCACCUACAGCAGCUAUUCCAACCAUCCUGGCUAUAGCUUCAAUCCCCUGACGGGUAAAUACGAGUACAGCAGUGGCUAUCAGCAGGACAGUAGCUCCAUAAAGGGUUCCCAGGGAUCUCAUAGCUACCAGUUCAGCCAGAGUGGCAAGCAGCAGUCGGUGGGAACAACGGACUCGGAAAACGCCAAUCGCAUUAAUACGGCCACGGGAUUCGAUUCUCCUAUCGUGUCCCACACCAAGGCUAAUCUGCCAGCCAAGGACUCCACCUCUGUGGACGAGACUAAGGAAUCAACAAACUACUUCUCUGCUCCUUAUAACUACCAUGGCAGCGGAACUCCACAACCACAGCAGCAACAGCAGCUCAAUCCAACUCCACCAACAAAUUCCACGGCAUCCAUUUACAUGCAGAGCGGGGCGAACAGCUCUGCCCAUACACAAACGACUACCGUUGGACCUCCUCUCUACGCCUCAUCGACAGGUUCGACUAAAGUAGAACCCAAGACGGAGAUAGUUACUCCCAAAGUGGCUAGCAAUGUAGACCUACUUAGCGACUUGGACAUCGAUUGCUCAGGGGCUGUUCCGCCGCCAAUGUUGCCGCAACCUGUAAUCCAACCACAAGUGGUGGUAACACCCACGCCUCCGGGAAGUCAUGUGUCGACCCAAGUUAAAGCCGAAAGUGUAGUGGAGCCCAUUGCUCCUGCAACACAUGAAAUUCCUGCAGUAGCAACAGAAGAAAUCACUCCAACUCCAGCUCCCAUUCCUUCAGCUGCAAAAUGUCCCAGUCUAGACAACCUUUCCAACUGCUCUGACCUUAGUUCUUUGGAGAAUUUUGACUGGGACUCGGUUUCCCUAACACAUUCCGCAAGUGAGAAACAGCCCAAGGCAUCUAACGCCAAUGGUCAAUCGAACAAUUUUGCAUUCCAAGCCGAGUCAUUUACUGAUGAAAAGACCACAAAAUAUUUCCAAAAGGAAGUGGAGAGCUUUGAGAAGCUGCUAGAGAAUCUUCACGUGAAAAUGCUAAAUGGAAAAACCCAACUAGGGGCUAAAUGGCAGGAACUGCAGCAAAAACUGGACAAGGAAGCUAGUGCCAACAAGCGAUCCACUACCAUUGCUAAAUUAUUCCCAGAGAAAAAUCGUUCUCUCGAUUGUCUGCCCUACGAUCAUGCUAGAGUUAAGCUGGACAAGCAGACAGAUGACUAUAUCAAUGCGGCUUACAUGAAGAACUUGAGUGCCGGCUGUCCCAACUUCAUCGUUGCUCAGACUCCACAAGCAAAUACCGUUAACGAUUUCUGGUCCAUGAUCUGGUCGGAGAAGUCACGCACUGUGGUCUGCCUGCAUACCACAAAUGAGCUUUUUGAUCCCUACUGGCCUCAGGCAUUGGAUCAGCCAACUCACUAUGAUGAUUACACCGUGACCUGUGUCAAAUUGCAGCAACUUAGCCACUGCUCCGAGUACCAACUCAAGUUAUCCAUGCAUGGAGCAGAUGCUGUGCUGGAUUUAUCUCUUCUGCAGCUUAAACAAUGGACCAAGGGAUCACCAGCUCAACUUUUGGGAGUGGCUCAAAAUGCGCUAGAGACCCAUAGGCAACGUUGCAAGGCAGCUAAUGCUCCCACUUCGCCGCUUAUUAUGAACUGUUUAACAGGCUCAGAGCGUUCUGAACUGGUGGCCAUUGGAGUAUGUGCCAUCAUAGCCACCCAAAACAAGCAACCAAUUUUGAUCAAUACGGUUGAUGUUUGGUCUCGCAUUUGUGCACAGCGCCAAAACUCGCUGAGGGAUUCCGCUAUCCUGGAACAGUCGAUGCAAAUUGUGCUCUGCAAUGCUCAUAAUGUGCUUAACAAACGUGGCAUAAUGACCUCAUAUCAAAUGAAGAUGGCGCCGCAGGUGACUGCUAAGGAGCAGCAGGAGACCAAGGAUCCGCUUAACGAAUUGGAUGCACUUUGGAAGAUGAAAUAAGCGACUGAACCAAACCAACCGAUCGUGGCAGAUAACUAAAGAUAUAUGUGUAAUCAAAUCGAGUAUUCAUACAACUAUUUAACUGUGCAAAAACAUAUUCUAAUGGAUUGAUAUUGUUACAAACAAUUUAUGACAGAGGAAAAGUAUUUAAAGGGAAAUCGAAAUCAUUUUUAAAUCAAUAACGUAAUCUUCUCUUUCAACUGUUAUUAAAAAGUGUAUUUCGAAGUGAACAGCAUCGUGAUGUUAUAUGGGAUAUUGUCAAGCGUUUCAAACCACUACAUACGAGUAUAUUAUUUAUUAAUCAAACAUUUAUAACACUUAAUAAAAUACUAAGAAAAUCAAAUGAAAGUAGAAAGUAUUCC